CUGGUAUCAACACGAUCGACUGAGAUCAAGGAACUUUCGAAGACAGUACCUGUGAACCACGAACAGUACCGUAUGGCCACCACUGCAUAUCUGUCAUCCCUGUCCUCUGUCUACGCCUCGCGCAACUGGUCGCAAGUCAGGGUGGGAUAACGGUGCCAACAACGGCAACGACAUGCUGCCAUUUCCGGCACAAGCUCAGGCAAACACGACAAUGACCUCCACCAAUCGCGCCGUCGCCAUUCUUUCUGCUGAGUAACCCUUCUUGAGUUCAGCUCGACUACAAGGCCAGAAGCAUUGAGUACAAGGUAAGUUUGUACAUAAAACACUAAGACUCUUAGAGACUUUCAUGGCCGGACCUUACGAUGCGCACCUGUCCAUCACUUCGAGCCUACACUUAUCUCUGAUCCUACCAUGAGAGCCCUGCAUCUGCCCGCCGUCUCUGCCGGGACACAACCCCCGUUCCGCUUCCCAGACCACCCUCCCUCGCCCUCAGACUUACAAUAUACACCCUCGACAUACCCUGAGCCCUCGUCUUCAGAUCCGAACUCCUCAGGCCAGCCAGUCUACCUCAUUCGCGUGCUGACCACCGCCCUAACUCGCGGCGAACUAAGCUGGCAAGAGAUUCUGGACUCCAGCCGCUUCCACCCUUAUGGGUCUGCCAUUCCAGGCCAUGACAUUGUAGGCAUUGUUGAGAAGACAUAUCUUGCCUCAGCAACAACAGCACCGAAGUUCUCACCUGGCGAGAAAGUCUGGGGUCUUCUCGACUUCGACCGAGACGGUGCAGCAUCUUCACUCACCAUUGCAUUCGAGUCGGAGCUCAGCCUUGCACCGCAUCCACCGCCAGGAGUCUCUCUUUCUGGUGCCAAAUGGGACGAAGAGCUCGCCACUCUUCCCCUAUCAGGCCUAACUGCAUACCAAGCACUCUUUACGCACGGAAAUCUCCCCACGACAACUCUUCUUUCCCAGCUCCCCUCAUCACAAUCACAAUCACCAUCACCAUCACCAUCACCACCAUUUAUUGCCCAAAGAGUCCUGAUAACAGGCGCCUCAGGCAGCGUAGGCAUCCCAACGAUCCAACUCGCCAAAGCCGCCGGAUUCCACAUCGUAGCAACAUGCAGUGCCUCGUCACGUCCUUUCGUGGAGGGGAUACUCACCUCCUGUGACCAUCAUAUCAUCGACUACACCGCCACAGAAUACACAUCCAUCCCGUCCACCUUCCAAACCCAGGGUUUCGAACCCGUCGAUCUCGUCGUCGACUGCGUCGGCAGCACCACACUCCAAUCGAUCCUACUACGACCGAGCUCCGUGGUAAGACCGCACGGCAGAAUCAUCACCAUCGUCGCUCCGAUCCACACUUUCGGCCCAGUCCUGUCGGCACAGAUGGGGCAGGCCUGCACCGCCGCAGCAGUUGACGCCGUUGACUUCUUCGUCGUCAAACCUAGGGCGGAAGAUCUCGCUGUUCUAGGAAAUCUCGUUGAGCAGGGUCAACUGCGUGGACAUGUUGACGCCGUUUCUGAUCUUGAUCACGGUCGUGAGGCCAUGGAGCUCGUCGAAAGCCGUGGCCGGCGAGGGGUCGGAAAAGUCGUGCUUAGGGUUGCGGACUCUUGAGUUUGCAGAGGCCAAAAACGAUAUUGUCAUUGACGGAUAUUGGGACUUAAGUUCAAAGCGAAAGUCAUUGAGUCCGUAAGUACCUAGGUAAGGCAGGUGGGUAACAAGUAAGUAAUGUCAUCACAGACACAGACAGGUAUCUGCUUUGGUACCUACUGGACUAGGAGUAUCCAAGUGCAAACAUGCUUCCCAAGGGAAUAUAAUAUGUGGUAUCAUGCAGUGGUUCCGCCUUUGGUUUAUUCCUAUGUUUGCGAGGCGUUGCUUUACGACGUAGGACGAGCGCCGAGACAAUUUGACAAUUUUCGGUUCGAUAGGGACGCGACUACUGUAAGAAGCCUGAUCAAGUAUAUCUGUUGGAGCGUGGGUGAGACGCAAUACCUGACCAUAGCCAUACCAAACUCCUAACCGUGUCCAU